UAUUUAUCUGUUGUCAAACACAGCUGAUGGCGAAAAGAGAAAUUUUUGUCUGCGUUUACAAAUAAAUUGAAUGGGUAGACAACUUUUUAUAAUUAAUACAUUUUAUAUUGGAUUAUAAAAUAAAAGUGUGCAUAGAAAUGAAUGUCAAACCAAUAAUUACAUAUUCGGGAGCUGGGCCAUUAUUUCGUUCAUUGGAAGCACAAAUUCUUAAUGCUAUACCAUUAGAUACUUGCGAAUGGAGGCGUACAUUUCAUCGUCCCACCAAGCAAGUGCGUUUAGAAGCACAAGCACAGCCUUUCAACGUAAACGUUUUGGAAAAAUAUAAAAAGGGAGAAUGGAGUAUACUCGAGCACCCAAUUUUACAUAUAUUCGUCACAGAGUGCAAUGAUUUGGACACCUAUAAGUCAAACGCGCAUGAAGAAAUUAAAAACUGGUUAAAGCAGUUGACAGCAUUUGGUAUUUCUGAUUGGAUGAUAUUAUUAGUGGAGACUUUGGAUGUUCGUAAAGCAAAAAACUUGUUACCUCGUACCACAGUUUUGGAUAAAAUAAGACAAGAUUUUGCUACGAAAAAUGAUGAUCGAUGUAUCUCAGUGCUAAAUCCUGCAAAAUUUGAACAAAAAUCUGCUGAAUCCUUCCGUUGUUUAGUACAGCGCAUCAGAUUCUUAAUGCUCGCUAGUUACAACCGUAAUAUUGCUAAAUAUGAGGAACUCAUACGAAGUAGGCGAGAAAAACGAAAUCAUGAUGGCUGGGACUUUCGGCAGUAUUUCUUUAUGCAAGAAGAUUUAGCACUUAUAUUUGAAAAACUUGAAUUACACACUGAAGCACUCAUACAAUAUGACGAGUUGGACGCAAUGUUUUCACAGUUUAUAACUAACUCUGGUUUUGGGGAAAAACAAAAAUGGUUGGAAUACUUUAAGCAACCACUCAGUUCUUUUCACGGUAUUUGCUUCAAUCGACGAGAUAAAUUUGAAAUUCGCAAGAAAAUUAAAGAUAGCCCCGUAUCUAUAUUGGAGUUUCGCAAUUACCUUUUCGAAAGACAAGCGCAUCUUUUGCAGCAAAAUAAUGAAACACCUGAAAUCGCUAGAAGACUGUUAAAUUUCUUAUUUUCUACUUUACGUGAAAUAGAACUUGUCAAAUUAGAUACUCCCGAAGGUGCUCUAUCAUGCUGGGAGUUCGUUUGUGCUUUGGAAGUUCUGCAAACAUGUGAGCAGGCCAUGGAACCGAAUGAGGUUGUUUGCUUUCAACAUUGCGCGCCUAUUUGGAAUCUAGCGAAAGAUAAAUUGUAUGAAUUGGGAAAAUUGUGUGGUCUGCUACCAGGCUUUACGCCUACUUCCGAACAGUUGCAUAUUGUCGUGCAGUUAUCAGCGGGUAUUGGCGAUUCGCCGCUGGAGCAGUCGCACUUCUUGAAUCCCACACCACAGAUUCCCGAGCAGAAGCGAGACCGCUCCCCUAAUCGUCGGCCGAAGAAAUCAGCGACAGAUCAAUUAAAGGAAGCUUUGGGGUCCAAUCAAGCAUUUCAAAAACUUUAUUUAGAACUGGCGGAAUUAGCUAUUAGCACUUACAAACACGUCGCACGAACUCGUUCGGCGCGACUGGUGGGCUUAGACCUGGGCAACUUCUAUUGUGCACUCAAUGAGCCGCAUAAAGCGGUUGGUUUCUUUACCGAUUUACUGCGCGAAUUAAAGGCUGAAAAUUGGCACGCCUUAAGCUCUCAAACAUUGUUGGAACUAGCUAACUGCUAUCGCAAAAUGGGUGACUCGUUGGCUUAUACGAAAACAUGCAGUUCUAUUUCUUGCUGCCAAGAGUUGGAAAUGCUAGUGCGUUCAUUUUAUUUCGAUGAGUUUCUCAAAUCGGUGAAGACAAUGACCACCACUUUAUCUGCACAACCUUCAAUGGAGAAUGCCAAUUUCUGUGUGCUGGAAGAUCAUUUUCGAAUUUGCGAUAUAAAUGUACUGAAUGCUGAACCCAUCAUACAGGAUGACAUAGUGUUGGUGCAAUUAAAGCUGGAAAGCUUGUAUCCUCGCGAGGUAGUGGCUGAAAGCAUACAAUUAUCCUUUGAAAUGCAUGUCGCACCACUUACUGGUGAGGUCACGCCACCACCUUCGUUGCUGGUGGUUAGUGGCACCAAAGACGGAAAACUCAACAAAACCCCAACAUCAUCACCACACAAAGAACCGCGUCUGAAAAUGUCACUACGUUUAGACUACAAACAAGAUAACACGCUGGAUUGUGCGUCGGUAGCAUGUGACUUGCCCAAAGUCAAACAACCGGUGCGUCGUACGAGUAGCACCAAACGCAAGCUUUCUCCCAGUGUCCAGUCAGAUUUUACAAAUUUCGUAGCAACGGAAAACAUCGCUCUACAACCUGGCUCUAAUCUAAUUGAACUGAAAUCGAAAGCAACUCGGGUGGGCACUUGGGAUUUCAAGCAGAUGCGCAUCUCUAUAUCACAAUUGGAAUUCUUCUCCGAUCACCUUCCUUUCAGAGCACCACCGUUUGUGAUCACUACUAAGCCGGCUGCUGCGGUGCUCAACUUCAAGAACUUAAUAGCAGGCAUUGAGCAACCGGUUCACUUGACCGUUUCUGGCGGCAGCUUCAUUUUUCCAACUGACGCUAAAAUAACAUUAAAAUGCUCAAAAAAUCUGCGCAUACGCAUGGCGCAUACAAAGGAAAAGAGCCAGCUAAUUACUAGCAAAGACGAUGCUCUCCAGGAAAACAACACGGACUCAAUAAUUAAUCCUACUGUGCAAGAUGAUUCUACAUUUGACAGUGUGCUGCAAGUGCCAUUACCCAAUUUCAAGUCCUUUGAGGAACGCGAAAUACCCUUAGAAGUGCUAACCGAUCUGCCCGGCCGCAAAAUAUCUAAACAUUUGGAGCAUUACGUUACACUGACAUGUCCUUGGUCGCGAAAUGAACUGCAGAUUGCGAUUGAUUUUCAACCUGCGCUGGAGGCUCAAUGUCGACUGCACACUUGUGGAACUCAAAAGUUUUUACAUGUCGUUAUGAAGGGCCUAGAGGCAAAUUUGUAUCUAACAGAAGCAAAGGUUAAGUGUGAUGUGGCGGGCGUACGUCUAAUUGAUUUGAAUCCACCGUCGCAGUCACGUGUUCAAAUCUAUAAAGGUCUGACUGUUUCUUAUCUGUAUGAAAUACAAGUGGAGCCGUUAAAAGCGGAGAUCGAGCUACCUGCGGUCAUCAAAGUGCAUUUUAUAACGAAAUACUCAACUGUAGAAAAUCCUCAAUUAUUACGCAACUACGGCUGCGCUUUCGAUUUGGUCGAUUAUACAACACUUUUCAAAGUGCAGACACAACUUGAGCCGAACGAACUGUGUCGUUUACGUUCAGUGUGUAAUUUGAAUUUAAAAAUUACCAAAGUCCAUGAAAAUCCCUAUUUGGAUCUCAUGUAUGAAGUGCUGAGUGAUCAGAAUUUAUGGGCUGUUUGUGGACGUUCCGCAGGAGUCGUUUCGAUGAAAGAUGUGAAUAGUCAUUCGAUUUCCUUGGAUGUGAUGCCAUUGAGCACAGGUUUCCUACCCAUGCCAAAUAUACGUUUGUCACGUUAUACCGCUGGUGGCAAAACCAAAACUGACACACAUUCCAAGGUGACCCCAUUUCCGCAAGGACAAGUCUACAACAGCACCAAGAGUAUGCAGAUACACGUUAUAGCCAGCAGCAAUGGUGAACAAUAGAUUUAAAUGAAAAAAUAAUCAAUAUUUACUAAUAACUAUAGUUAUUUUAUUCAAAGGCAAUCUGUGAAAGUAUUAUUGUUGCAAUAUUUUGGAAAAAAUAGUGUUCGUGUUCAUACAAAAAAGAGUUUGUUUAGUAGAAUAUACUUGUAAGAAAAUGCUAACUACUCAUGCAUUGUUGUAUUUUUCGCUAAACUUACUGAUGUACUGAAAUUGCAUAUUACUACUGUAAUGUAGAAAGUUCACCAAGACACUUGUAUACAUUUUUUAUAUGUUUCUAAAACAUGUUUCUGUUUAAAUGUCUGAAUUGAGUUCACAACUUAUGUAAUAGUAGCUACAUUGAUUUCAUAGUGGACUUUUAUUUGGGAACUUUCUAUAUUUCAGUGUAGAGUGUAGAGUUGAGAGCUUAUACAAUUUAAUAUAAUAUUAUUAAUAAUAAAACAUACAUACAUACAUUUCCCAACAAAAUGUGAUUUUGCGUAAUUUUUAAUGUAUUUCAUUAAGUGGUCUGUACAAAACUUAUUAUUUACUUUUUCUAUAAAAACUCGCAUUAAUUGUAAAAUCACUAUAAUUCAUUUGCCAAUUUCUCAAUUUGUUCAGCAUUCAAUCGAUAGUAAAGCCACUCCUCACUCUCCGUCAUAUCCACUGCACCCAUUCGGU